AUGGCAGGACUGCUCAAGAAACCCUUCAAGUUGGCGCUCGUCCAACUGGCUGCAGGCGCCGACAAGACAGCAAAUCUCUCACAUGCUCGUUCCAAGGUUAUCGAGGCCGCCAAGGCAGGCGCGCAUAUGAUCGUGCUCCCUGAGUGCUUCAAUAGUCCAUACGGCUGCCAGUAUUUUCCCAACUACGCUGAGAAGAUCUUGCCAUCACCACCAUCCAAGGAGGACGCUCCUUCAUGGCACAUGCUCUCCUCAGUAGCCGCAGAGACGAAGACGUACCUCGUCAGCGGAAGCAUCCCAGAAUUCGUUCCUGAAGGCAAGAAGUACUACAACACGUCUCUAGUCUUCUCUCCCAAAGGCGAACUCAUCGCUACACACCGCAAAACGCACCUCUUCGACAUCGACAUUCCCGGCAAGAUCAAGUUCAAGGAGAGCGAUGUCUUGUCUCCCGGGAACAAGAUCACGAUCGUUGACAUCCCCGACUACGGUAAGAUCGGUCUCGCUAUCUGCUACGACGUUCGCUUCCCGGAGCUGGCUACAAUCGCGGCACGGAAGGGCGCAUUCAUGUUCGUCUACCCUGGUGCAUUCAACACUACGACUGGACCGAUGCACUGGACUUUGCAAGCGAGGGCACGAGCGAUGGACAACCAGAUCUAUGUCGCCAUGUGCAGUCCUGCGCGAGAUAUGGAGGCCACGUAUCAUGCUUUUGGGCAUUCGAUGGUCGUCAAUCCGAACGCGGAGGUGAUUACCGAAGCUGAGGAGAAGGAGGCUAUCGUUUAUGCUGAGAUCGACGGUGCGAAGAUUGAGGAAACGAGGAAGGGGAUCCCGAUCUACACACAGCGUAGAUUUGAUGUCUAUCCAGAUGUCAGUGAAGGCAAGAUUCGCUAUGAUGAAUAA